AUGUUGGAAUUGAAUAAGGUGGCGCUCCUGCUGUCCUUCCUGGCUUCUGCGGCUCUGGGCCAAGGAUUUUCAAGGUACCACAAUGGGACUCUGCUGGACAGGAAGGUGUACAAGUAUGAAGAGGACCUUGUGCUGCGAGAACUGAGGAUGGAGCAGUCAGGACAGUAUUACUGUAAAACCAGCAGCUCUGCAGGCAGCAUCAAGUCCACUCCAGCCUCCCUCACUGUGAUUGCAAAAGGAACACCAGCAUGCAAUUCUACCCCUGAGAUGCACCUCAUUAGACUGCCAGUGGACUGUGUUCAACCUGGGACUGACUCCAGGUUCUACAAUGCUGGCCGCUGUCCUCACAACAAAUGUGCUGGCUCUCUAGACUUUGAUACACGCUGCAGAGAUGCUGCCGGAUUCUGCUGUGGGGUUCAAAAUAUGGACAGUCGAAUCAUUGACUGUGGGAGCUACAGCCUCCCUAUCCGGGCUGUGAAACAGUGCGGCUGUCAGAAGUGCAUGCAGCCGACUGUGCUAGUUCGAGGCAGAGUGGUCACAGCUGACAAUGAUGAGCCUCUGCGCUUUGGGCACAUCUAUAUUGGCAAAGAGAGGGUGGGCACCACUGGAUUUCAAGGAGGCUUCACACUACAAAUUACUCCUGAUACACAGAGAUUGGUGGUAAAUUUUGUUGACCCCAGUCAGAAAUUUCUUGACACCCCUAAAGUGUUCAUCUUGGACAAGAAAGGUGGAUCAAUCUACCAUGAUGUAAAGGUAAUGAGAAAGCAGAUACCAAUUGAUAUCAAUGCAGGGGAGACCAACUCUAUUAACCUAGGAGAAAUUAAAGGGGAAGACCCCAUAGGACAGCUGGUUAUUCCUCCCAAUUCCUUUCAUAAGGACAAUGGAGACAUCUAUGAGGGGACUGUAAAAGCCAGCGUCACAUUCAUUGACCCUCGUAACAUCACUACAGCUGCUGCGGCACCUGGUGAUCUCAACUUUGUGGAUGAUGAGGGUGACAUGCUCCCUUUGAGGACCUAUGGCAUGUUCUCCGUAGACUUCAGAGAUGAAACCAAUAAGGAAGUACUUGGAGCUGGAGCAGUUCAAGUCCUCCUUGAUACACAACAUGUCAAAAUGCAGGAGCAUAUUCCCAAAAUGAAACUGUGGUCUCUAAACCCAGACACGGGAGUCUGGGAGGAGGAGAGUGACUUUUCGUAUACAAAAACAACUGGUGGUCAUGGACGCAGCAAACGAGAGGAGCGCACAUUCCUGAUAGGCAACAUGGAGAUCCGAGAACGUAGACUCUUUAACUUAGAUGUGCCUGAAAACAGACGCUGUUACGUCAAAGCGCGGGCCUACAUGAGUGAUAAGUUCCUUCCGAGUGAACAGCUGGAAGGUGUUGUGAUCACUUUGAUAAACCUGGAGCCUAAGCCUGGAUAUUCAUCUAAUCCUAGGGCAUGGGGCCGCUUUGACAGUGUCAUAACUGGAUCUAACGGGGCCUGUUUACCAGCUUUCUGUGAUGCCCAGAGGCCUGAUGCUUACACAGCGCAUGUUACUGCAAUGAUGGGUGGGGAAGAACUCGAGGCAGCUCCCUCCUCACCCAAGAUGAAUCCAAACAUCAUUGGAGUGUCUCAGCCGUAUCUGGAUAAAAUAGACUACCAGCGUUCAGACCACGAAGAUCCAGCUCUGAAGAAAACAUCUUUCAAAAUCAACUUGGCAAAGCCUAAUCAAAACAAUCUUGAUGAGACCAAUGGGCCAAUAUAUCCAUACCAGAAUUUAUUAGAUUGUGAAAAUGCCCCUGUUGAUGCAAAUCAUUUCCGAUUCUUCAGAGUGGAAAAGGACAAGUAUGAAUACAACGUUGUACCUUUUGAAGAGAAUGAUUUGACAACCUGGACUGGAGACUACCUUUCCUGGUGGCCAAAUCCCCAGGAAUUCAGAGCAUGCUACAUUAAGGUUAAGAUCCAUGGACAGAAGGAAGUGAUGGUCAGGUCACGGAAUCUGGGAGGGACACACAGAGAAACAAAAGGCAAACUUUACGGUAUUAGAGACAUUCGCAGCACCAGGGACAUGCGAGAGGCCAACACAUCGGCAGCCUGUGUGGAGUUCAAAUGCAGCGGCAUGUUGUUUGAUCAAGCUGAUGUGGACAGAUCCCUCAUAUCAGUCCUUCCACAGGGUAACUGUCGCAGGAUUGGCACUAACAGCCUCAUACAAGAGUAUCUCAUCAAACAUCCACCAGUCGCUCAAAACAACGAGUCCCAUGCAUUCACCAUGCUAGCUCCUGUUGAUCCUCUAGGACACAACUAUGGGAUCUACACCGUCACAGACCAGAAUCCCAGGGUGGCCAAGGAGAUCGCUAUUGGACGUUGCUUUGAUGGCACCUCAGAUGGUUUCUCCAGGGAAAUGAAGUCAGACUCUGGAGUGGCGCUGACCUUUAGCUGUCCUGAGAGGAAAAUUAACAGGGAAAGCCUCUUCCAGCGCCUGCAGACCAAUCCGGGUCAGACACUGUCUCAGAUGGCAAGGGACAUGAGGGAGUUGGAGGGUCUACAGGUGCAGAGAUCAUCCACCCAGGUGGUGGCCUAUCCUUCAGAGCAACGGAUGGGAACCCAGAGUCGCAGAUUUAGCUCUACAAACAGGAGGAGAAUGUCAAUGCGCACACAGCAGCGCCAGUAGAGGUGCCAAGAGGUUGGUUUAAAAAAAAAAAAUUAUGAAUAUUUACAGUGAUAGUAAUAUCAGAAUGAUUCACGUGGUCUCUCUGUCAUCUGAUUUAUAAAACAUCAGCAUUUUUUCAGCAUAAACACUUUUUUAUGCUGAAAAAACUAAAUCUGAUAUGUAAAUUCCUUUUCAUUUCUAAGUAUUCAGCUGAAACUGAUAUGAUGGCAUCAAGUCAAGGAAGUAAAAAGUUGUUUGUUAUUGAGUAUGAACUCCCCCUUGACUAUGAAAAUCAAGAUACCAAGAGAGACAGUAACUCAGCAAAAUCAUCAAGUAUGAUUGAAGAUAUUCAUUAGUUUUAUACUUGAAGGGAUUGAUAUAUUAAUUUUUUACUUCUGUUCUAAAAGACACACAUAAUUUGUGUAACUGUAACACAGUGACUGACAUUUAUUUAAUUGGCUUUGGUCUAAUUCUAUGAAUGAAUAGACCAAACUGACAGUCAAGAAUGUAACUUUUUUAGCCUUAAUUUGUGGCCUUCCACUUUUCCCAUGGUGGGUGUUUUUGCUGAUGUCUCUUAAUACUCUGGUUUAAACCAAACCUUCAGAAACUGUAAGAACUAUGCCAGGCCCCAAACACUUCAUAGUUGGCCCCUACUUUCCAUUGAAUGCAUACUUUUUCGUCAAGAUCAGGAUGAAAAAACCACGAGGUCCAGUUGUCUGCACCAGACACUUUUUCUUUCCUCUUUAAACUGGGUCACUCUCUCCACCAAAAGAGAAGACACACUCGAAAGAGACAGUGGGGCAAGGUUUUUCACCCUGGGAACAGAGGAUGUUUUCAGACAUGCUUCUUUAUGUUUUUCAUUAGCAUGCCACAUUGCCAACUGUGAUUCAGCUAAAUGUUCUUCCACACCUACUUAGAAUGUGCAAGACCAAAGCCUCGGCCAGAACAAGGAUCUCACUAGUAGCAGUAUAAAAUCAGGAUAAUUAACCACAACGGUAUGACCUAUUUUCCCUUUGUCCUCUGCACAUUACAAAUUAGCACAUCACCAAAAAACAAGUUUCUUAAAGCAAUAUAUUUCCUAGUGUUUAACUUUCUCAGAAACUGUUACAGAGGCUCAUUCAGAGUCUAACUUGACUUUUUGUUGUUGUUGGGUAAUUUGUCUAUGAGCUGCAUUUAUAUCACGAAGUGCAAUAACUAUGUAGUAUAAUUUAAAAAAUCUGCAUGUAACAAACUAGCACGGUGCAUGAAAAAUGCUGCUGGUGAAUGAAACAGCUCCUUCAGUACAUGCAGCAGGUACAGUAUAGUGUGGGUAAGAUGUUUGUAAGAGAUCUUGCACAGGACUCAUUUUGAGUGACUUUAUUUCAGCAAAUAGAAUUAACUGUUAUGUAAUCAUUUUCUGAGCUGCAUAGAAUCUAUUAACCUUUCCAUGCUUUGCCGCAUGAGUCAGUUGUUUGUACAGUUUGUACACCACAGUAAUCUUUUCAACUUCAGAGGGCAAUCUUGUUAUUGGGAAUUAAAACGCUCAGUAGAGCCUUCAUCUCAUUAACAAAACCCACUGUCUCAAACUUGAGCGUGAUCGUUAAUAAGUCUGGUACUAAUGAAGUUCAUGGCACACACAGUGUAAGCAACAGUAUCAAUCAAUUCAAAGCGUACAUUUUUGAGGAUACGUUACAUGACUUAGAUGAAAAAAUAACUGGGUAUUUAAAUUAAAGUCAGUAAUAGGAAGAAACUUCACUCAUUGAUAAAAGCUCCAAACUUGUUUAUCUGCAAAAUGGGCUCUGGCAGACCCAUGGGAGAAGCUCUUCAAGCUGAACUAAUCCGAAGCCAAAUAACACGGCGCAUGGUCCAUAGAGAAGCCAGAGAGGCUGAUGAGUAAAUAUAAGCCUGUUGUUAAUUAGAAAAUAAAUUACUUAUUCUCUUGAGAACUCCUGUAGCAGUUUGCCCCUGACUUUCAUAAACAGCCAAACAUUGUAAUUUCAAGGAAAAAAAGGAUGAAGUAAAGUAAUCAACAAUAUGGACGGCCUAGUAGGAUUAUGGUCAAACAUAUUUACCAAAUAAACUGGCAUCCAGCCCAGUACAGUUUGUGUUUCCAGCCUCAUCAUUUAAGCCUGAAUGAAUUUAUAUGAAUAGUAGGCAACUGCUUGUGUGUGUUAAAAUUUGCAAAUGUGAGGUAAUCUAACUGAAAACCAACCAGGACAAUAAACAGAAAAAUACUGACAGCUUGUGAUACCUUAACGAUUAUCACUGACCCACUAAUUAUAGGCCAGUGGGCCGUCCACAGGCUGAACAGUUCAUUUCAUCCAAAAUAAAGACGAUGAUGAAAUCCAGGUGUGGGAAGAGAUAAGUCCUAUAAAAAAUGCAGUGGUGUGUGAGGUCAGUUGAGAGGGCCGAACAGCUGUAGAGCCACUGGAGGAAAUGUUAUACCAAAGACAUCAAGAGAAAGAGAGUGAGAUUAUCUUGCGAUGGAUUUAAUCAUUUUCAGGGGUACUGUCGGGUUCAAGGAAGGAAGGAAGGGAAGAAUAUUAGUCAGUUUUGGCCUCACUGUCCAUCACAUACAGAAUCUCAGGCUUCCAAAGUGGUUGCACAUGGAAGAAUGCAGGUUUUUGGAGGUGAAUGCUUUGACAGGAGAUCUGGCUUAUUCAUAAGGAGAAGUUAUCGGGGGAGUUUGAAGGACAAGGUAACAAUAAUAGGCUGUGUAAACCAUUAUGUGAGGCUUUGCAUGGGGAAGCAAGCAGGACUCUCCAAACAGUUUCUUUGUCUUCUGGAGAACUUCAAAGGAGGAUUAAAGAACCUCUGUGAUGUUUGGUUUAAUGAUGAAGAAAAAAAAAAGUUUCCAAAGUCUUCAAAUGUCAAUAAAAGAGGUUUCAGCCUGAAUCCAGUGAAUAAAAUCGUUGCACAGAUUAAUUUUUAAUGGAAAGAAAAAUGUUUAUCUCAAUGAACCUCUGUGGGAAUAUUAAUCAUAACAUUUUAUAUUUCAUUUUGCUCUCUUGCAAAUAGGCAUAUUUCAGAAAAUGUUGAAAGUUAGAUGAGAUCAGUGACCGAUCGCAUGUUUGUACGGGAAAUUUGAAGCUACAGUCAACAGAUGGUUGGCUUAGCCUGACAUGAAGACUGGAAAGUGUGCACACAUGAGAGCACUAUCAAUCUUCUCAUCUAAUUCUUGGAAGAAAGUGAAUGAGGGUUCAAUUUUAAUGAAUAGAUUAAACACAGGGCUACAGUGUUGCUUGACAAUUGGCAUUUUUAUGAAUAAAGUUUGUUUUUCUAAAGUGGAUUUCUUCUUAAAUAUACAGAAUCUCAGUGGGUGCACAUGAUGCUAAAAGCACUAUUUCACUCAAGUGCAGAAAAGCACAAAUCUCUCGUUCCACCACUUCAUCACAAACAGAUUUAACCAUUUUCUCCUCUGUAAAGUCCAGCAGGUCUCAGGGAGAGCAUAAUUUAUUCAGUAAGUCAGUCCUUGAACUUUUCCAUCAAUUUCUGGAGUAUAAGAAGAGAGUUGUAUAUUUACCACUGUGCUCCAGUUAACGAAUUACAUCAACACACACUUGAUAAUCCUCUGUAAACACUUUACUAUUGCAUGGUGAUGCUGAUCUUUGUUUCUCUCUCUGCAUUCAGUUUUAAUAUGUAAAUUGUGUAUUGUAUGAAAUCUACUAUAAUGGUACAAGAAACUGUAAAUAAAUGAUUUUGUGUAAAGCUUUGAUUCAUAUUUUUUCUCUUUGUGUAUUAUGUAUUCAGGAAACACUAAAAAGUCAUCAAAGUUUCAGUUUCACAUCACUAAAGAAAAAUAAUAAAAGUGCUUUAAUGAUAAAAAUACAUUACAAUGUUGAUAACAGAAUUAUUUAAUCUGUGAUUGUAAAUAAUACAGAAAAAGAAUUUUCAUAAAUCUCAAUAAACAGUC